CAAAAACGCCGCGACCCGAGCAAACUUGCAAUAAAAUUUAGCAAAUUAAUUUUAAAUUAAUAUUUGGUAUUUGGGAAAACCAAAUAACACACAAGCACAAUGUUGAUCAAAGUGAAGACACUGACUGGCAAGGAAAUUGAGAUCGAUAUUGAGCCCACAGAUAAGGUUGACCGCAUAAAGGAACGCGUCGAGGAAAAGGAAGGCAUACCACCACAACAACAACGUCUCAUAUUCUCCGGCAAACAAAUGAACGAUGACAAAACGGCGGCAGACUAUAAAGUGCAAGGCGGCUCCGUGCUACAUUUGGUUCUUGCCUUGCGCGGCGGCAGCAACAAAACUAAUUGAUUAGACAGGCGUUGAACACUCGUCUUUAGUAAAUUGAUAACUCAUUAAGUCAUUUUCUACAAGAAAUUCGUGUUUCUCAAAUAAAAGAAAAUCGUCAACGGUAUUUACGAAGAACUACAAAGAAAAGCAUAUAAUUUUUAGUUAUUUAUGAAAAUGUUUUAAAAUAUUUGUAAUUGAAUUGAUUUGAGAGCUAAACUCAGCGAGAAUGAUGAGUUUGCUAAUCAGAUAUAUAAUAUGUAUCUAUUUGUUUAUUAACAUCAUGCAACCGAUUCUCUACAACUCAUUAAAAGUGCCACAAAUAGUCACACUUGAACUCUUAAGCAAAAGUCAAAAAAUCUUAUAAAAAAAUGCAAAACUUUUA